UGUCUAAAAGUUUGUGUUAGUAAAUAUGUAUUUGUUCUAAAUACUGAUUUCGUUUUGAGCGAAUUAACUCAGCAUGGACUGUGGACUAGCUUGAGCAUGUAGCUAGCUAACUUAGUAUUGACUGUUUCUAUUGGCAUUACCAACUCCCAAUACUACUACAUAGACUUGUCCAGACAAAACAAUGGCUUACAGGAGAGACAGAAACAUGAGGGAUGUCUACGAUGAACGCUUCCUACCAGACAGACCGGCCCCAUAUCCCAGAUCAGCUGGAGCAGGGCCUGUAGAGAGGAGGCCGGCUGGUUUCGGAAGGCCAGACGAGGAGUACAAUCGAGGGUUUGAGUACGACGGGCCUCGCUUUUAUCCAAAUGGAGGCCCUCGAGGUUACCAUGGCGAGGAUCAAAGAGGCUACCAUGGCGACAGCCUUCAUUUUCCUAAUGAGCGCAGAGGUAUCCCACCUUCCCGGAGACCGGAGGAGCCGUACCCCUACCCUUCUAGACCACCUCCUAGAGAGGACCCCCAUACAACACGCCAGAUGGAGUUCAGAAGCAGUGGCCGUGCAGCACCCCCUCCCCCCAGCGUCAGGGCUCAGGGGAUGUACCCUGCACCCCGCUCCCUGUCUGCUGUGGUCCCAGAGGGGGGUGAUGACACCCUGAUGCAGGCCAUCCUAAACCUGGACAGAGGAAGGAAAGGCCCCUUGCCUCCCCUGAGAGCAGACGUCCCCCCCUCCCCCCACAGCCGGUCCGGCUCCACCGUCAGUAGCAAGAGCUACUCUCCUGACAGAGCCAAGGGUCUCCCCCACCCCGCCCAGCAGAAAAACAAAGACAGGCCCCCUGGUCAUUCUCAGGACGGGUCACCUCAGAGCAUAGCGUCCACUAAGGAGGAGGCUCAUGUCCUAGAGUGGGACCGUGAGGAGGGCCUGCCCCCCAUCGAUGAGACCCCCAAGACCCAGGAUGACUUCCAGGAGCGCCGAGCGCAGGCCAUCGGAGCCAAGGCCCGGGAAAUAGAGCAGGUACCCAACACAGCCAUGUCUCUGGCGUGGUGAGCCCACAUACACACUACAGCCCAACACAGCCAUGUCUCUGGCGUGGUGAGCCCACAUACACACUACAGCCCAACACAGCCAUGUCUCUGGCGUGGUGAGCCCACAUACACACUACAGCCCAACACAGCCAUGUCUCUGGCGUGAUGAGCCCACAUACACACUUCAGCCCAACACAGCCAUGUCUCUGGCGUGGUGAGCCCACAUACACACUUCAGCCCAACACAGCCAUGUCUCUGGCGUGGUGAGCCCACAUACACACUUCAGCCCAACACAGCCAUGUCUCUGGCGUGGUGAGCCCACAUACACACUACAGCCCAACACAGCCAUGUAUCUGACGUGGUGAGCCCACAUACACACUUCAGCCCAACACAGCCAUGUCUCUGGCGUAGUGAGCCCACAUACACACUACAGCCCAACACAGCCAUGUCUCUGGCCCGGUGAGCCCACAUACACACUUCAGGGUAUUUAUCAUAUGUAUAAUGAUACAGAGACGUCACAUUAAACAGUCAGGUCAUGUGGUCUGGAAAAGUGGAAUUCAGGCCUGGAGAUUUUCCUUAUCCUGUCAUCUGAAGCAGGAGAAACUCCUGGGCCGAGUCAUGGUUUCUUAUCAGUGUAUUACUGCAAACAGCCAGAUACCCAUACCAUCCCCACCCAGCCUAGUUCUACCCAGGUUUAUAUACCACCCCUACCUAGCCUAGUUCUACCCAGGUUAAUAUACCACCCCCACCCAACCUAGUUCUACCCAGGUUUAUUUACCACCCCCAACCAGCCUAGAUCUACCCAGGUUAAUAUACCUCCCCCACCCAGCCUAGUGCUACCCAGGUUUAUAUACCACCCCCACCCAGCCUAGUGCUAGGUUUAUAUACCACCAGUCCAGUACUAC